AUGUACGGCAGUGCAUUAUCCUCCAUUUCAGCAUCGAGAGGCACAAAGAAGCUGUCUCAGAAGCUCAGCAAGUUGAUGCGAGAGCUAUCUGAUGAUGAAGAUGACACUAUACCUAGUCCUUCUGCAGCAGCUACAUCAUCUACACAAGAGUCCUCAGGUGACCCAAACAAGCCAUGGCUUGCUGACUUCCAUGGUUAUCUCAACUCAAGGGACCACCUUGGUGACAACACCAUUGUUCAAUGGUGGGGGCUAAAUGCAACUCGAUACCCUGUAUGGGCAUCAUUAGCACGAGACUACCUCUCAAUUAUGGCAUCAUCGGUAUUGAGUGAGUGUGCUUUCUCAUCUGCGGGCAUCACGAUCAGCAAGCGACAUAAUCGUCUCAAUGCUGACAUUGUCGAAGCACUAUAG